AUGUGUGAGGUUGCCCACGAGCUUGAUGAGGAGGCGCAGUUGGAGUACGAAGAAGCAUGCAACGAGGUGCUAGAGUUGCAGGCUGAGUUGCGAGCGGAGAAGAUGGAGGUUCAGCAGCUCAUGAUGCGCGUCCAGGCAAGCCAAGCUGCCAGCGCAUCGUUUGCGCAGUCUGCUGCGCUGCCUGCGGUCUUGGAGGAGCCUCGUGCGCACGAACUGCAGCACCUAUUCCGAUGGCUCGCGGACAAUGUGGACCUGAGCCACCCGCGGAUUUUUGAUGUUGGUUUCGAGGUGCCCAUCGGAGGGCGAACAGUUCACCUUCACAGGGUGGUGCAGUGGCCGCUUCCCAGUGUGGGUUUGCAGUUGACGGCUCCUUCAGAGCACCGAGUGCCUUUGGGGCACUUGUUGGCAUCAACUCGCAGCACGGGGAAGGUCGACGUGGCUGCACUCUUGCAUUUCUUGCAUGGGUGGGACCUCAUCGCUGGAGAGUUGACAACCGCGGCCCAUCUCAGCCCAGAACCCUCUGUCCUUCUUUCUCACAGAGCUUCGACACAGGGAAUUCUCAUAGCCACCUGGCCAACGCGGGAAGCGCAGGUAUCUCCUUGCUCGCUGCGGCUUGGUGAGCGAGUCGAGGUUGAAUAUGAAGGUGAGAAGUACCUUGGCAUUUUGUACUCCCUGGACGCGUAUGGAAUGGCAAGCAUCAAGUGUGAUGCAGACCCUCCUGGCGUGAUGACAGUGACGCCGCUUUCGCGCGUGAAGCGCGUCUCCACUGCUGAGUGCUUGCCCUGUACCGCUCAGGACGUGGUGGGCAUUUCGGUUUCGGCAAUGACCGACAUUGUGGAUAGCGUUCCAGGAAGGCAAAUGCACAGAAGGACGAGGUCCUCAGCCUUGUGA